GAACCUAUUGACUCUUCACUCUGUGGGAAACCUGUCUUUGGACAGGAAGCAGAAGGUGGUAGUUGGGUCGCUGCUGGCUGUUGUCGGUGGCUAUCGGGAGCUGUGCUUUGGAAAGAAAUUCUGCAUUCCUUCUCGCAAAAUGUCUCAAAAAUUCUCUACUAUCGGGUUUACCUCUUGACUAAUAUGAUUGCAGCAAGGACAGCUCUUCUAAGCUGUUACAAAACUUCUAGUAAUAUUGUAGUGCAGGUGAAAUUGUUCUGUGGGCUGAUGGUGGUGACUAGUCUCUGUUUUCCAUCCCUCCUAGAAAUUAAGAAGCCGCCAGUGGCCCCCAAACCAAAAUUUGUGGUAGGACACAAGGCAACACCUCCACCUGUUGCACCGAAGCCUGAUGUUCUUCCUGGUGUUAUACAAGCAGCAAGGAAAACCAAGCCAGCAAUUGCACCGAAACCAAAGGUUCUAAAGAGCUCAUCUGUUCCGGAAGUUAAACCUCCAUCGUCUACACGAAAAAGCACAAAAAGCUUUGAGGAGCACAGAGAAGAGUCUUCUCAAACUCUAGACCACUUGAACUAUAAAAAUGAAGCCUCGGAAGGGAGCACUGGUAACACAGCGUAUAUUCUACCAAUGUCGUCUUGCAAAUUUGAAUGCCUUCAUAAGAUUGGAAAUAGGGAGAACACCUGUAAAACUCAGAUCAUUUUUGAGCACUUUGAAAACUUGGAGAACAUCAAAGUUGGUGAAAAAAAUGCACUAGCUCUAGGAGAUGGUCACAAUGAAAAACUGGCAAAUAGAAAUCAGGUGGUUUUGAAAGCCAGCAUUUUGGAAGAGAAACUUAAGGAUGUUCUAACUCAUAGUGUGUUUACCAACAGCAGUCCUGUAAGGCAUAGGUAUGCAGACAAGCUUGAUAAAGGGGAUGACAACAGUUCCAAGAAUGAUGUUAAAAUAGAGUUUAUGGAACUUGUACAGUCUUCAUCGUCUUCUGAGGUAGCUAAAGGAAAGCAACAGAAUACUGACAGUAAGCUCCCUGCUGGUGAGUUUCGGAUGUCUGAAAUUUGUUCUAGUUUGACUGUAAAUAACCACAGUUGUUCUUGCCCAUUGGGCCAGGAAAUCCUGGAAAAUGAAAGUUUAAGUAGCAAUAGUACAUUUUCAGGUGAAAUAGGUAUGAAAGCAGAUGCUGAUAAAGCCUCCUCUGACACAUCUUCAGUCCUGAGCUUAAAGGUGCUUCCUGUCCCUAAGCCAAGAAAGCCACGUGCUGCAUGUCUGGUCCGUCAGGAUGGCAUAGACACUACAGGAGAAGGAACAAAGGAACCAUCUAAUUCAGAGAAAGAUUCCUCUGGGAUUGUGGACCAAAGCUUUAAGAAGCCAGCAAAAAUUAAUAUCCUUGGUCAAAGCGUUUGUUAUAACAAUAAUACAGAAGUGCUUCAUCCUGAAAAAUGUGAGAUAACUCAAAGCAAUGCAGACAAAAUUCAUCAGUUGAAGGAACCUCUUGCAGAAGAGUCAACUUCACAAAAUCUUUUGCCUCAGUUGUCACACAAAACUUCUGAUUUGGCGGAAAGUGAUGGACGUUCUUUAGAUGCAGACCAUAACUUGGUUAACUCCAUGGAGGAGCUGACAGAUGAGACCAGCGUGUUGGAUGCUGUGGACAAACAGACUCACUUUGUCAGGUGUGAUACUUUGUCAAUGAGUUUGCCAAAGCAACUCAAAUUAACCAGCAAUCAGUACUCGUCUGCUUCCCAUAGCCUCCAUGUUUGCCCACAAGAAUUGGAAGAUAAAGAAGUUAAAAUAAAGGAUGAAAUUUCUCCCAAAAUCGUUCCUAAGAAACCACAGAGGCACAGCCUUCCAGCUGCUGGCCUGCUGAAAAAAGCUGCAUCGGCAGAGCUUGUGGAUAAAAGUUCUUACGGCUCCCAUGAGGACAAAUCAAACAGAGUUUUGGAAAGAUCUCAUUUCACGCAUCCACCAGUCAAGGAGCCAGGCACACUGUCAUCCUGUGACAUACCCAAGCGUUCUUCUGAGAAACCUGUCUGGAAGUUACCUCAUCCUAUUCUUCCGUUUUCAGGAAAUUCCGAAUCACUAAAAACUGCUAAUGUUGCUACCAACUUUAACCACUUGACUGUUGUGACAAAGCCUAGGGCCAAAUCUCUCUCUUCUGUGGACAUGGAAAGGACAGACAAGCCUUGCAAAGACCAUCAGAAGAAAAACAGCUUGAAAAAGUUUCUCAACAUGAAACUGUCGGUUUGCUUAAUGAAAAGCGACUUCCAGAAAUUUCUCUCUAAAGGCAGCCAGUCAAUGGAUAAUGCUAUUUCCAGCCUUUCUGCCGGGGACGGGUAUGGAAGUGGUAACAACCGGAAUAUAGCAUCUGUAGGCAAUGAAAGGAAAACUAAAUCUGCCAAGGCACAUUCUGUAGAAAUAAGUAGUCCGGCGUUACAGAAGAAGAGGCAGAGAAACAGAAGUCAACCUGAGAUGCGAAAUAACCAAAGGCUGGAGUCUUUAGAUGGACAUGUCCUUUCAGGAGAGAGUUUGUCACAAAUGCAUUGGAAUUCUGUAACCAGCACUUGCGCUCCAGAGUACGAGAAUGUGCGUCACUAUGAGGAAAUACCCGAGUAUGAGAACUUGCCUUUUGCUAUGGGUGCUAGGAGAAAUCUCUGUUUUGAAUGGCAGAACUCCAGCAGCAGCGUGGAAGACCAGAGCUCUGGCUUCUAUGAGGUUGAAGAGCCUUGUGAAGCUACAAGCAGGCGUUUUGGACUUGGCAGGUCCUUAGAAGAACACCAUGAUCAUCCCAGCGUGGUAAUGGGAGAUCUUCAGUCAGAUGAAGAAGAUAUCAUGAACAGUUCUGAUGAAGAUGAUGACACAAAUUCUGAUUCCAGCAAAGGAGAGCCUGAUUCUCAAGAAGAUAAACAGGGUAAGGCAGCUGGAAAGAAGACAAAGGUUUACCAUAUUGCCAAGGAGAUCAUGAGCUCAGAAAAAGUGUUUGUGGAUGUGCUAAAGCUCUUACACAUUGAUUUCCGGGACGCUGUGGCACAUGCCUCUAGGCAGCUUGGAAAGCCGGUGAUUGAGGACAGAAUCCUGAAUCAGAUCCUGUACUACCUACCUCAGCUGUACGAACUCAAUCGGGACCUCCUGAGGGAACUGGAAGAGCGAUUAUCUCACUGGCUUGAACAUCAAAGAAUUGCUGAUAUAUUUGUUAAAAAGGGUCCCUACUUAAAGAUGUAUUCAACUUACAUCAAAGAAUUUGAUAAAAAUGUUGCACUCUUAGAUGAACAAUGUAAGAAGAAUGCGGGUUUUGCUUCAGUAGUCAAAGACUUUGAGAUGAGCCCUCGCUGUGCUAGUCUGGCCCUCAAGCACUAUCUCCUCAAGCCAGUUCAGAGGAUUCCCCAAUACAGGCUCCUGUUGACAGAUUAUUUAAAGAAUCUUUUAGAAGAAUCUGCAGACUAUAGGGAUACUCAAGAUGCUUUGGCUGUUGUCAUAGAAGUUGCAAACCAUGCCAAUGACAUCAUGAAGCAGGGAGAUAACUUUCAGAAACUCAUGCAGAUUCAGUACAGUUUAAACGGACACCAUGAGAUUGUACAGCCAGGAAGGGUCUUUCUGAAGGAGGGAACACUGAUGAAGCUGUCUCGAAAGGUCAUGCAGCCAAGAAUGUUUUUUCUGUUCAACGAUGCCCUGUUGUAUACUACUCCAGUUCAGUCAGGGAUGUAUAAACUCAACAAUAUGCUGUCGUUGGCUGGAAUGAAGGUUAAAAAGCCAACCCAGGAAGCAUAUCAGAAUGAACUGAACAUUGAAAGCGUAGAGAGAUCCUUCAUUCUUUCAGCAAGCUCUGCUACAGAAAGAGAUGAGUGGUUAGAAGCUAUCUCCAAGUCAAUUGAAGAAUAUACAAAAAAGAGAAUCACAUUUAAUCCUAGCAAAAGUCUUGAAGAGGCAGAUCCAGAGAAGCAAGAAGAAGAUAGUCCACUGGGAUCAAAGGCUCCCAUCUGGAUCCCCGACACCAGAGCCACUAUGUGUAUGAUCUGCACCAGUGAGUUCACGUUGACAUGGAGAAGGCAUCACUGCAGGGCAUGCGGAAAGAUUGUCUGUCAAGCUUGUUCAUCAAAUAAACAUGGUUUAGACUAUAUGAAAAACCAGCCAGCAAGAGUAUGUGAUCAUUGCUUCAGGGAGCUACAGAAACAAGAUAACCAGUGUGCUCCUAAGAGCGGAUCACCAGUCAACCAUAAAUCUCCAUCAAGUGCCUUGUCUACAGUAUUACAUAGUAUUCCUUCUGGACGAAAGCAGAAGAAAAUUCCUGCAGCCCUCAAAGAAGUUUCAGCAAAUACAGAAGACUCUACAAUGAGUGGCUACCUACACAGAUCUAAGGGCAGUAAGAAACCAUGGAAACACCUAUGGUUUGUUAUAAAAAAUAAGGUGCUAUACACAUAUGCUGCUAGUGAGGAUGUGGCAGCAUUAGAGAGCCAGCCUUUACUUGGAUUCACAGUCAGUGAAGUAAAAGAUGAAAACUCAGAGUCUAGAGUGUUCCAUUUACUGCACAAAAACACUUUAUUUUACAUAUUCAAAGCAGAUGAUCCCCAUUCAGCUCAAAAGUGGAUAGAAGCUUUUCAAGAAGGCACUAUAUUGUAG